CAGAAAUGGGUGUGGCACACAUUUAAUUCGUGACGGCCCCCUAUGUUCCGCCGUUCCGCUGUUCAGCAGUAGCCUACCGAAAAGCAACGGGUUAAAUGGUUUCACUAGAGCCUUGUUUCAGACAACCGGAUUUGGUCGGAACUAGGAAACACGGACAUUUCUGACAUGCUAAAUGUUUGUAGUUAUACACGUGCUGCGUUCAACGAUUCAGCAAUUCUGAGUUAUCUGAGUUUCCUAGUUCCGACUAGGAUGUGAACGCCGCACAAAUCCUAUCCCCGGGCGGGUCAUUCCGCGCAUCACUCACUCGUAGUCGACUGUUGUAGUUCGUGUAGGCUGGCUACUAGUCUACUGUUUAUGUUUCGGAGCCAAAGCAAGCGGAGGUUAAAGUAGGCUAUCCACUUACCGCUGUCAGGGUUUAUUUUACGCCUGCUACGUUAGGUUAGGCUACUGUCAGAGACACACCUAAAGCAUGGAUGCUCUGAAAUCAGCUGGAAGAGCGAUUAUCAAGAGUCCCGGAGUUCCGCGGCACACAUGGGGCACCUCCAAGCACGAAAAGCUGCCAGAGAACUGGACAGACACCAAGGAGACCCUAUUGGAAGGGAUGGUCUUCCAGGUGAAGUACCUGGGGAUGACUCUGGUAGGACAGCCUAAAGGAGAGGACAUGGCCGCUGCCGCUAUACACAGGAUAGUCUCUACGGCCCGGGCCAGUGCUAAGAAGUUCCGUAAGGUGACCUUGACCAUCUCUCCUAAAGGAAUCAUCAUCACAGACACAGAGACACAGGACCUCAUAGAGAAUGUGUCCAUAUAUAGAAUCUCCUACUGUACUGCAGAUAAAACCCAGGACAAAGUGUUUGCCUACGUUUCCCAGAUUCAGUUCGAUGAGACCCUCGAGUGCCACGCCUUCCUCUGCCACAAGAAGAAGAUCGCCCAGGCUGUGACUCUAACCGUAGCCCAGGCCUUCACAGUAGCCCUGGACCUGUGGGAGAUUGCUCAGGAAGACAAAAGUCAGAAGGUCAGGAGGACGUGCUGCCCGUGUUCUGUCACUGAUGGACAGACGGAGACUACAAACACACACAGUGUCUCAGGCUCAGAGAAGCAGCAACCCCUGAGGAAAGAGGAGAAACUGAGACGCCCAUUUUUCACCAUGUCAUUCAGCUCUCCCUCACCCAGCAACAAACCCGCCAGGAAACGACCAAUCAAACACGGCUCCUGGGAUGUGGAGGAUGGCCUCGAUGAUGCAUUCUCAAGCAGUAUGGAGGUAGAAGAGCUGGACACUGGUAAGUGAGUCUGAGGAAGCAGCUCUGAGCCCUCUGCAGCAGGAGGACCACCACCACCACCACCACCUCCCCCUAGAGGACCUCAUGUCCCCGAGCAGUGACGACUCAGACUAUCAAAACAACACCUGCCAGACACCCUGCUGUCCCCACAAACCAACCAAGGCUGCCAGACACCCUGCUGUCCCCACAAACCAACCAAGGCUGCCAGACACCCUGCUGUCCCCACAAACCAACCAAGGCUGCCAGACACCCUGCUGUCCCCACAAACCAACCAAGGCUGCCAGACACCCUGCUGUCCCCACAAACCAACCAAGGCUGCCAGACAUCCUGCUGUCCCCACAAACCAACCAAGGCUGCCAGACAUCCUGCUGUCCCCACAAACCACCAGCUCUGGACAGGUCAAACAUCCUGCUGCCCCCACAAACCACCAGCUCUGGACAGGUCAAACAUCCUGCUGUCCCCACAAACCACCAGCUCUGGACAGGUCAAACAUCCUGCUGUCCCCACAAACCACCAGCUCUGGACAGGUCAAACAUCCUGCUGUCCCCACAAACCACCAGCUCUGGACAGGUCAAACAUACUGCUUCCCCCACAAACCACCAGCUCUGGACAGGUCAAACAUCCUGCUGUCCCCACAAACCACCAGCUCUGGACAGGUCAAACAUACUGCUUCCCCCACAAACCACCAGCUCUGGACAGGUCAAACAUCCUGCUGUCCCCACAAACCACCAGCUCUGGACAGGUCAAACAUCCUGCUGUCCCCACAAACCACCAGCUCUGGACAGGUCAAACAUACUGCUUCCCCCACAAACCACCAGCUCUGGACAGGUCAAACAUACUGCUUCCCCCACAAACCACCAGCUCUGGACAGGUAAACAGCCCUCUGUCUGCCUGUAGAUCAUUCUGAUUCUACUGUACUAGAACUAAUCAACACUCAACAUGGACAAACAGCCUUCAUCUCUCAACCUAAGUAACAUGGACAACUAGCCUUCAUCUCUCUACCUAAGUAACAUGGACAAACAGCCUUCAUCUCUCUACCUAAGUAACAUGGACAAACAGCCUUCAUCCCUCUACCUAAGUAACAUGGACAACUAGCCUUCAUCUCUCUACCUAAGUAACAUGGACAACUAGCCUUCAUCUCUCUACCUAAGUAACAUGGACAAACAGCCUUCAUCCCUCUACCUAAGUAACAUGGACAAACAGCCUUCAUCUCUCAACCUAAGUAACAUGGACAACUAGCCUUCAUCUCUCAACCUAAGUACAGAAACUCUCUGAUCUCUGAGUCUGCGUGUGAAGUGGCACCCUAUUUGUUAGAGUUGCCAAACCCGUAACUAGCCUACGGAUAUUGUUGAACUGUCUUUGUCUAUGGGUCCUAGGCCUAUUACAUGAUCUGUAACCUGAAUGACCCGUGUUGGAUGAACAUGUGCCCUUGGAAACGGCUCGGUCACGUCCUCUUGGUCGGCCAGUCCAAGCGCAUUAUUAGUUGUUCAGAUGGUGACGGGGGAAAAAAACAUUACAAAAAUGUGGCCACAAAACCAACCAGCAGCCUCACGACUUACCAGCUGGGACACUGACUGAUCAUCAUCCUAAUUAGCAACACCUGAUGUGUUUAUCAACCAGGCUCGAAACCUGGACCUCUUUAAGAAUGCUGCUGUCUCCUGGGGGAUGGAGGGUAGAAGUGUAUACUGGAUAGUGUGUUUAUGUCCCAAACACUGACCUUCCCCCAAUAUCGUAACACUAUAUAGUACACUACUGUUAAAUCAGGGCCCCACAUAGGUCUCUUGUCAAAAGUAGUGUACUACAGUGCCAUGCAAAACUAUUCAUCCCCUUUGGUGUUUUUCCUAUUUUAUUGCAUUACAACUUGUAAUUUAAAUGGAUUUUUAUUUGGAUUUCAUGUAAUGGACAUAAACAAAAUAGUCCAAAUUGGUGAAGUGAAAUGAAAAAAAUUCAACAACAAAAAAAGACCCGGAAAAGUGUAUUUACCCCUUUUGCUAUGAAGCCCCUAAAUAAGAUCUGGUGCAACCAAUUACCUUCAGAAGUCACAUAAUUAGUUAAAUAAAGUCCACCUGUGUGCAAUCUAAGUGUCACAUGAUCUGUCACAUGAUCUCAGUAUAUAGACACCUGUUCUGAAGGGCCCCAGAGUCUGCAACACCACAAAGCAAGCGGCACCAUGACCAAGGAGUGCUCCAAACAGGUCAGGGACAAAGUUGUGGAGAAUUACAGAUCAGGGUUGAAAAAAAUAUCAGAAACUAUUAACAUCCCACAGAGCACCAUUAAAUCCAUUAUUAAAAAAUUGAAAGAAUAUGGCACCACAACAAACGUGCUAAGAGAGGGCUGCCCACCAAAACUCACGGACCAGGCAAGGAGGGCAUUAAUCAGAGAGGCAGCAAAGAGACCAAAGAUAACUCUGAAGGAGCUGCUAAGCUCCACAGCGGAGAUUGGAGUGUCUGUCCAUAGGAUCACUUUAAUCCGUACACUCCACAGAGCUGGGCUUUAUGGAAGAGUGGCAAGAAAAAAGCCAUUGCUUAAAGAAGAAAAUAAUCAAAGACAUUUGGUGUUCACCAAAAGACAUGCGGGAGACACCCCAAACAUAUGGAAGAAGGUACUCUGGUCAGACGAGACUAAAAUUAAGGUUUUUGGCCAUCAAGGAAAACACUAUGUCUGGCGCAAACCCAACACCUCUCAUCACCCCGAGAACCUCAUGUUUGAUGUUUUUCAUCGGCAGGGACUGAAAAACUGGUCAGAAUUGAAGGAAUGAUGAAUGGCGCUAAAUACAGGGAAGUUCUUGAGGGAAACCUGUUUCAGUCUUCCAGAGAUUGGGACGGAGAUUCACCUUCCAGCAGGACAAUGACCCUAAGCAUACUGCUAAAGCAACACUCGAGUGGUUUAAAGGGAAACAUUUAAACGUCUUGGAAUGGCCUAGUCAAAGCCCAGACCUCAAUCCAAUUGAGAAUCUGUGGUAUGACUUAAAGAUUGCUGUACACCAGCGGAACCCAUCCAACUUGAAGGAGCUGGAGGAGUUUUGCAUUGAAGAAUGGGAAAAAAACCCAGUGGCUAGGUGUGCCAAGCUUAUAGAGACAUACCCCAAGAGACUUGCAGCUGUAAUUGCUUCAAAUGAGGGCUCUACAAAGUAUUGACUUUGGAGGGUGAAUAGUUACGCACGCUCACGUUUUCUAUCUUUUUGUCUUAUUUCUUGUUUGUUUCACAAUACAACAUAUUUUGCAUCUUCUAAGUGGUAGACAUGUUGUGUAAAUCAAAUGAUACAAACCCCCCCCCAAAAAAUCCAUUUUAAUUCCAGGUUGUAAGGCAACAAAUUAAGACGAAUGCCAAAGGUUGUGAAUACUUUUGCAAGCCACUGUAUAUAGGGAAUAGGAAGCUAUUUGGGAUGAAGCCUAAGUAGAGAUGCAACUGUUGUCUCAAGAGUCUGCCACCAGUAGUCUACCACCAGUAGUCUGCCACCAGUAGUCUGCCACCAGUAGUCUGCCACCAGUAGUCUACCACCAGUAGUCUGCCACCAGUAGUCUGCCACCAGUAGUCUGCCACCGGUAGUCUACCACCGGUAGUCUGCCACCGGUAGUCUGCCACCGGUAGUCUACCACCGGUAGUCUGCCACCGGUAGUCUGCCACCGGUAGUCUGCCACCGGUAGUCUGCCACCGGUAGUCUGCCACCGGUAGUCUGCCACCGGUAGUCUGCCACCAGUAGUCUGCCACCAGUAGUCUGCCACCAGUAGUCUUGUGAGAAAGCUGCUGUAACAGACUGUCUUGCAAAUUAUCUGAAGAAUUAUAAAUCCCUUUUUAUCAAGCAUGUUGAUUAAAACCUUUGUUUGUGAAGACCAAAGAAUAACAGGAGACAUUUAAUCAAUUGUUAGUUACUGUACUGCUGCAUUUAUUUUACACCCCCCCCCCCCCCCAUUUAAAAACAUUUCACAACUUUGUCAAUUAGAGGGAGGAGAGAGCGAGGGGAGGGAAAGGAAGGAAGGGAGGGAGGAGAGAGAGAGCAAGAGGUGAGAGAAAGAGGAGGAGAAGUAUAAACGAAUAGGACACAAUAUUAAAAGCGGGGGGAGACGGGACAAAUUUUUCACAAUAUCUGGCUAACCAGAAGAAUAAAACCCUGUAUGGUUCUUCAAAAGGAUCUACGAAGAACCUUAUAUUUAAGAAGGUUCUUUAUAGAAACAUUGAUCCUAAAAGUUCUAUAAAGAACCAUCAAAAAGGGUUCUAUAUAGCACCCACAAAGGGUGGUAACCAUAGCGCAGCCCUUCUAGAACCUUUUAUUGAUGUUUCUGCAUAGAACCUUUUGGAAACAGUUAUUUAUAGCACCGUAAAGGUUCCAUUUAGAACCGUAUUCAUGAGCAUGGUUCUUUAAAGAACCUUAAAAAAUGAUUCUAUCUAGCACAAAAAAGGGAUGCUAUGGUUACAAGCCAAAGAACCCUUAUUUUGCACGAUUUAGUGUGUAUAAAAUAGACUUAUUUCCAUGUACUGUAUUCUUUCAAUGUUAAUAACUUGUUUAAUAAUCACUAUGUAUAUUCAGUUAUUUGAAAUGAGUAGGUUCUGGUCGGAAAAUAGAAUCAAAGUUUGUUAGUCAAUGUUUUUGUAGUAUAAUCAUUUAAUCUUUCACGUCAAUAAUUAGACCUGAACGUAAAUGUCUAAAUACUCAUUUUCGUUGAUAUUCAGGAGGUAGUUGUGUGAAGUGGAUCCUCUGUUUUCACCGCGGUAAACAUCAUGGACAAUGUG